CACACACACACACGCACGCACGCACACACAACGCGACGCUCUGCACUUUCCACAACUCGCAGCUCCCGCGUGGAACCAUCACAGUCUUUGGACGACCGCACUUUCUUUCUUCCACGUGACUUUUACGAUGGAGGCGUGAGCAUUUCUACCUUUUCUUAAUCUCUUGGGAAAUCGGGGCAGCGGAGUCGGAUGGACGAGCUUUGAUUUGCGCCGAGUCACGCUAUGGUUGUGCGCCGCGCCGCCGACACGAGUCUGAUGGACGUCUCCAAGAUCUUCUCGCUGCUGCAGCCCAAGGAGGAGGGGGAGGGCGGGGGCGAGUGCGAGGCCCUGAACGAGGCCGUGGGCAGAGACGACGCGGCGCUGCUGUCCGAGCUGCUGUCCCAGGAGAGCUACGCGGCCUCCAUCAACGCCCGAAGCGGGUGGGGGGUCCCCGUCACCCCCCUGCGCACCGCCGCCGCGCGGGGACACCUGCGGUGCCUGGAGCUGCUGCUGCAGCGCGGCGCGGAGAUCGACAGCCUGGACGUGAAGGCCCAGACGCCUCUGUUCGCCGCCGUCAGCGGCAAACAUCUGGACUGCGUGGUGGCCCUGCUGAAGGCUGGCGCGGACCCUAACGGGAGCCGGUACAACGGCUGCUCCCCGGUGCUGACGGCGGCCCGCGAGGGCGACGUGGACGUGCUCCGCGAGCUGCUGCGCUUCGGGGCCGAGGCCGACGUGAGGCCCAAGGUGCCGGAGUGGGCCUCCGGCGCCUCCGCCUGCAGGGGGCCCCUCUACCUGGCAGCGGUGUACGGACACCUGGACUGCUUCCGGCUGCUGCUCCUCCACGGGGCCAACCCCAACUACAACUGCACCGACGGGAAGGCGCUGGGCAGGAUGAAGCAGCCCAAGACGGUGCUGGAGGUGUGCCUGCGCUACGGCUGCGGGGCGGAGUACGUCCAGCUGCUCGUGGACUUCGGCGCAGACGUGUACCUGCCGACGCUGAUCAUCGACAAGACGACGAAGCAGAACGAAGCCCUGCUGCUGCUGCUCAGAGAGAGAGUUCGUCCCAAAACGCUGAUGUCGCAGACUCGUCUAGCGAUCAGGCGACACAUCCUCUCAGCGAACAAGGCGGCUGCCGUCGACAGUCUGGACGUUCCUGCGCUGCUGAGGAACUACCUGAAGCACGAGGCCGCUGGACUCGUGUGACGUCCGUUUGCUCCGUUAAAUGCACUGGAUAAUAGAGAGAGAUCAGAGUUCGGAGCGCUGCCAUUUGCAAGUAGGCCAGUGUUCCGACCACUUACACAACAGCUCUCAUUGUGAACACGAUGUACUGUCUUCCUCUGGUUCCUUUAGAGGUCACUGUCCUCUCACAGUGCUCUACAUGCUUGUGUUUUUUAUAUUUAAGAUGAUGAAGCUCACUUAAUAAAUAACGCACAUCUUCAAACCAUACAA